UCUAGUUUACAAGAUGCUCGACAAUGUCACCACCCUGGGGCAGACCAGUUCACGUCAGCUAGAUAACGUUUGUUCGGCAUGGCAAUAAAAGUUGAUUCAGUUCAGUUCCUUGUUUAACAUUUGUUUGAGUAAAUGAAGGCCAGACCCAAGAGUGGACAGUGUUCCCGAAAAUAGCUAUUUUGAAACGUAACGGUGCUCAGUAGACUAACUAGCUCAUUAAACAGACACAAUUGUUUGUGUUAAAUUGGCAGGUUUUUGAAUAGAGUCUGGCUCUAUGUUCUCUGUCUCAUCCGAUCCAUGAGAGCAGCACGCGCCAGGUUUGAUGAAGAUUAGGUCAUGGAGGACAUGACUUAAUGACGCACGUGGUGGUGCACUGCUAGUGCUGGCCUUCAGUUCACUAUGGCCCAGAACCAGGUGAUCCUCCAGUUCCGAUUCGCAACGUUUGGGGACUCCAUGCUGCAGAAGAUGAACCUCCUUCGACACCAGAGACGGUUCUGUGAUGUCAAUGUGCGCAUCAACCAGCUGGAGGUCCCUGGUCACAAGGUGGUGUUUGCUGCUGGCUCUUCUUUCUUGAGGGACCAGUUCAUCCUUCAGCAGGACUCCAAGGAGGUCCAGAUCUCCAUGAUCCAGGAGGCGGAGGUUGGCCGGCAGCUGCUGCUGUCCUGCUACACAGGCCAGCUGGAGUUCCCAGAGCUGGAGCUGGUGCAUUACCUGACAGUAGCCAGCUUCCUUCAAAUGGGCCACAUUGUGGAGCAGUGCACUCAGGCCCUCAGCAAGUUCAUCAAGCCUCAGGCUGCACGCCCGCUGGAGGCGGAUGUGAAUAUGAGGGGGGAGAAGGGGGAGGAGCGUUUAGCCUCCCCGGCCCAGAGAGAGCAAGAGCACUCUCAGGUGCGGACUGUCCAUCAGGAGGAGGAAGAGGAGGAGGAGGAGGAGGAGGAGGUGGAGCAGGUUGAGGAGGACAACAAUGGCGACGAUGAUGACGACGACGACGACGAUGACGAUGAUGAUGUGAUUAUACAGCCUAAAUCCCCGCUCCAGAUUUUGAGCAGACGCCCAAGACAGGGUAUGGUGGAGAAUGACAUCACAAUAGUAAAGGUGGAGUCUGUGUCUGACGUAGCAGAAAACUCCAUCACCGGUCACUUCCCCACCAGCCCUCCUGCUGCCCUCCACUCCCCGGAGCCCCAGCAUUCGCUCAUCAACUCCACUGUGGACAGUCGCAGCAGUGAGAUGGCAGUUCCACCUGGCAUGGCUGGAUACCCACUCAGCCCCCCUCCUCCAUCCCCUCCUGCAGAGAAACACGGCGCACACCAGAGGAACUAUGACAAGCCUCUGCAGUGGUACCACCAGUGCCCAAAGUGCGCCCGGGUCUUCCGCCAGCUGGAGAACUACGCCAACCACCUCAAGAUGCACAAGCUCUUCAUGUGCCUCCUGUGCGGAAAGACUUUCACACAAAAGGGCAAUCUGCACCGACACAUGCGCGUCCACGCUGGCAUCAAGCCCUUCCAGUGUAAAAUCUGCGGUAAGACCUUCACCCAAAAGUGUUCUUUGCUGGAUCACCUUAACCUGCACAGUGGGGACAAGCCCCACCGCUGCAACUAUUGUGACAUGGUGUUCGCUCAUAAGCCGGUUCUUCGCAAGCACCUCAAACAGAUCCACGGGAAGAACAGCUUUGACAACGCAAACGAAGGCAGCCUGCAUGAUGGGGGGCUUGACUUUGAUUUUGGACGAAUAUGAAGUCUGUGGACCUUUUUUUUUUUUUUUUUAGAUUCGUUGGAUACCAUCAGUUAUUUAAAUGGGCAUGACGCAGGUUGUACUAUGAGACAUUAUUCAAACGAGUCAUCGUAAAUUUAACAGUUCAAGAAACUGACAAAGUUUAUAUGAAGCUGGAGCAUAAAGUCAAUGAUUGCAUUAUAAAAGACUGAUGAGUGGACAUGAUGGCUGGUUUCCUAAAGUGUCAGCCUCAUUUUGAUUGCUUUAACUGGAGACCAGAAACAUGAGAGACAAUUUUUCCUACAUUUCACUGUAGUUUCAUUACUGUGGACUAUUUUUAUUUUAUUUUUUUAAAUAUACAAUACAUUGUAGAUGCCUUCAUAUCAUACUUGAAAAUUCAGCACUGAAACACAAAACAAUGACUGUACAUCAUUAGUUUUAUUGAUGAUUUAACAUGUCUUUGUGUCUAAUGUGUCCAAUGGUAAAAAAAAAAACAUUACAGAAUGAAAAAUUUCCAUUUGUAUAUUGUGUACAAAGUUUACUGUAGGCUGUCUGUCUUACCUAUGUGAAUAAGACAACAUGGAGUUCAUUAGUAAAAGAAACUUGAAAGAGGGUGGGUAUAAAAUAUUUUAUUGAAGGCAAGCUACACCAGUGACAAAUGGGAUGCCAAAGUGUCUAUGUGAACUGAAAUGGUUCUUUUAUACAGACUUUAUAUCUGAGGUACUAUUGGACCAAAGUUACAGUGUAUCUGUCCUGUGUUCAUGAAAGUCAGUAUAUGUUAUGAAAUUAAAAACUGACUUUUUUUGGUU